GUUUUGGAAUGUGGUUAUUAUUGUAUUUUGUAAUUCUUUGCAGAGCUGAUGUAUACAGUUGAGCUUGCUGGUGGGCUUGGUGCUAUUCUGCUGCUGCUUGUUUGUUUAGUGACUAUCUACAAGUGUUACAAGAUAGAGAUUAUGCUCUUCUACAGGAAUCAUUUUGGAGCUGAAGAACUAGAUGGAGACAACAAGGACUAUGAUGCAUAUCUAUCUUAUACCAAAGUGGAUCCUGAUCAGUGGAAUCAAGAAACUGGAGAAGAAGAAAGAUUUGCUCUUGAGAUCUUACCAGAUAUGCUUGAAAAGCAUUAUGGAUACAAGUUGUUCAUACCAGACAGAGAUUUGAUUCCCACAGGAACCUACAUUGAAGACGUGGCAAGAUGUGUAGACCAAAGCAAGCGACUGAUCAUCGUCAUGACUCCAAAUUAUGUGGUAAGAAGAGGCUGGAGCAUCUUUGAACUGGAAACAAGGCUUCGGAACAUGUUAGUCACAGGAGAAAUUAAAGUGAUACUGAUUGAAUGCAGUGAACUGCGAGGAGUUAUGAACUAUCAGGAGGUUGAAGCCCUGAAACAUACCAUCAAGCUCCUCACUGUCAUUAAAUGGCAUGGACCAAAAUGCAACAAGUUGAAUUCCAAAUUCUGGAAACGUUUACAGUACGAAAUGCCUUUUAAGAGGACUGAACCCAUCACACAUGAGCAGGUUUUAGAUGUCAGUGAGCAGGGGCCCUUUGGGGAACUGCAGACAGUCUCCGCAAUUUCAAUGGCUGCUGCCACCUCUACUGCUCUUGCCACUGCUCAUCCAGAUCUACGCUCCACCUUUCAUAACACAUAUCAUUCACAGAUGCGCCAGAAACACUAUUAUCGAAGCUAUGAAUAUGAUGUACCUCCUACCGGCACCCUGCCGCUUACCUCAAUAGGUAACCAGCAUACCUACUGCAACAUCCCUAUGACACUUAUAAAUGGGCAGCGGCCAGACAAAACUAACAGGGAGCAGAAUCCAGAAGAGGCUCACACAAACAGUGCGAUACUGCCCCUCUUGCCACGGGAGACCAGUAUAUCAAGUGUCAUUUGGUGACAGAAAUGCAAGGGGCUGUCCAUCCCCUUGAGUAGAAGCUGAGUCUGCAGUCCGGUGCCUGGAACUUCAUCCUCGACUGCUGCUGUUAAACAUGCAUUACAAUCGAUAACAUAUGAGGAAAAACAGGGUCUUGUACAUACGUUUUUUGCAAUUUCUUUGUAGCAUCGGUCUUCCUGUUUUACCCAUGUUCUCUUCCCAUACACAUUUUCGACUUUGUUUUAUAUGUCAUUGGAAUUUGUAUAUUUACAUUUUUUUAAUGAAGAGACUGCUGUAUAGAUAGGAAACUUUUUGGCUUCAUUAGUAUAGUUUUAGACUUUUUUUUGGUUUGUUUUUAACCUCUCUUGGGAAUGCUUGGACAAAGCUAUGUUGAUAUCAGAUGCGCCAUCCAUUUUUUGGCCUGCCUAGCCUGAUUCCUGAAGGCCAUGCCUGCUGCAGUUCACCUGUUUUGGGUAAUAUUUGUUCUUAGAAUGACCCCAUCCCUCACUGAGAGCCUCUGUUUCAUUUCUUCUCCUGUAAUGUGCAUUGCUCCCUCCCUGCCCUUACAAUGGCCCCAUUUGGGGUAACACUACAGUCUGAUCAUCUAACAUUUAACUUAGUAGAAACUUGUCAAACAGACUAUACCCAAUCUGUAUCGGUUGCUUCACAGUAGUCAUUACAGAGUGUGUAGAAAAUAGAGAUGGUUUCAUUUUUGCUUUCUUGGGGGUUUGAUUUUUUUUUGUUUUUGUUUUAAGAAUGAGUCAAUUGUACCCCUUUUAUAAAUAUAAAAGCAAGCCCUAUUUUUAACACUUCCUGGAAAAGUAUUAAUGUGGUCGUGGAUUUUAUUUUUAAGCAGUUGACUUUUUUUUUUCCCUCCUUUAAAAACCCUGCAAAUAAGAUCAUUUCCAAUUUUUAGGAAAGUAAGACAAGUGAGGCAAUAGGCACUGAAGUGCAGUGAGUCCUGCUGGUAUUUACAGUGAUGAUUUCCAAACCAAAGGGGAAUAAAAAGGCAGUAUCUUAGAUGGUUGCCAUUAUGUAUUAAAGAAAGUAUUAUUUUCCGAAAAAGGAAGAGCAAAACAUUAUUUUGCUGUGGAUUUCAGAGUCCCCUUGUAUUUUAAUGUUCAAAAUUGUAUUUGCUUUAAAAUGAUAUAUUCAAGAUGAAAAAAUAUUAUUUCAUUUGGUUUUAGCUUGUAACGAUAAGUAAAGCUUAAUUUUAACAUGAUUUCAGUAAGAACUCAGGCAAAAAAGAAAAAAAAAGAAACAUGAACACCAACAAAUAUAAUUGUUUUCAGAAUAAACUUUAUUUAUACAAAAUUAAUAUUUAAAUAAGACUUUGAAGUAUUAAAAGCAAUUUAUUCACUUUAAUGAAUAAUAAAUUAGUUUAUUUUUUAUGUAUGAUUCUAUCUUUGAGGAGUUGCAAAUAAUGCGCUUACUACGGUUACCAGGGAAGAAACAAACCACUGUCUUUAUAUGUGGGCAUCUUUAAGGCAAAUGAAACAAGCGUCUUAUAUUUUAAGUAAUGGAAGAAUCCUUUCUGGUUUGAGAAAGAGCACAGAGCACUGUUGUAGCUGUACACGCUAUUCAGGCCAAGCUGUCUGCCAGUCUCUGCUAGCAGAAGCAGAAGAGCAGAGGCAGAAUUGCUGCUUGCAGCACACUCUCAUAGAGUCGUGGGUUUGAUUGACUCUGGCAAAAAUGUAGCUGGUAGCCUGGCAGACAAACCUGAUCGUCUGUUUCUGCAAUUAAUUAGCUUUAGGAAUUUUUAUGGUAGCUGACUGAUAUUAGCCAAUAUAAGGGACGUGCGGGGUUUGUUCAUCUUAAUUGUCUCAAGGAGAAAAGUACAGCUUAUAAUAUUUUGGUCUUCUUAAUGAGAAGUAAUGAGUAGAGAAGAGGUAAACUGCAGUUCGGGGGAUGUUUGUGGGAGUAAUCUAGAACUGACAGCGUGGGAGGAUGUAACUAUGAUCGUGUUGUGAAAGUCAAGAAGUCUCAGUAUGUGCAUAACAAGCCAAUAGAGCUUUGGGAUGUGCACUGAUUUUUUGCUUGCUUUAAAAUGUUCAUUUCUCUGACAAUUUGCUCAAAUCCUUUUCUACAAUCUAUCAUGGUGUCUCCCUCUGGACAUGUGCCAAAUGUCCACAAAAUGGAAAUGCAGCUGCCAGGCCAGAUGAAAUUCUAAAAGAGCUUUGCACUUUUGUUUCCUUCAUGGUGUAAGAAAGCUAUUAUUUAUUCACUCUUACAGACACCUGUCAGGCACUGAUGGCAUUUUUCUUCAUUCAACUGAAUGCCAAAUGUACCAGUACCCUCUAAAAACA